CUCGCCCGGGACCUCGCGCCCGGGCCCGCACCUAAUUACACUAAUUAGGGCGCGGCGGGCGGCGGGCGGGCAGGCGGUGCCCCGGGUUCGGUGCCCCGCGGCGGGCGGCGCGGCCGGGCGGCGGAGAAGGGGUCCAUUCAGAGCUCCGAGGGGAGGUAAUUCGCCAGGAACAAGGGGCAGGCUUUGCAAAGUAUAAAUAGUGCCACUUCAAUCGCGGCGUCGCUAUCAGACCCCGAGAGCCCUGCACGUCGGGCGGCACAGCUCAGCACGGCUCGGGGCGCUGCCGGCAGCCCGCCCCGUGGAUGCCCGCCCCGGGAGCCGGGGCAGCGUGCCCCUAAGCCACGGCCAUGGAGGAGCUGACGGCGUUUGUCUCCAAGUCGUUUGAUCCCAAGGCGAAAGAGAAGAAGGAGCUCAUCACCUACCGCGAGGUGCUUGAGAGCGGGCCCUUGCGUGGCAGCGGACCACGGGAGAGCGGCGGAGCGGCGGCGGAGCCGGGCCGAGAGGAAGCGGGCAGCCCCGCGGUGCGGGCGGGCGGCGGGCGGUCCCCGCUGCGGGAGCCCGACGCCGCCGCCGAGAGAGCUGCUGAGGCGGCCACCCCCAAGCUCAGCGACGUCUCUCCAGAGCUGAAGGAGCGCAAGGAGGAUGCAAAAGCGAUGGACGAGGAAGGGCAGACGAAAAUCAAGCAGAGGAGGAGCCGAACGAAUUUCACCCUGGAGCAGCUGAACGAGCUAGAAAGGCUUUUCGACGAGACCCACUACCCGGACGCCUUCAUGCGGGAGGAGCUGAGCCAGAGGCUGGGGCUGUCCGAGGCCAGGGUGCAGGUCUGGUUCCAGAACCGAAGAGCCAAAUGCCGAAAGCAAGAAAACCAACUGCACAAAGGGGUGCUGAUCGGCGCCGCCACGCAGUUCGAAGCCUGCCGUGUGGCUCCCUACGUGAACGUGGGCGCGCUACGGAUGCCCUUCCAGCAGGUGCAGGCGCAGCUGCAGCUGGACAGCGCCGUGGCCCACGCGCACCACCACCUCCACCCGCAUCUGGCCCACGCACCCUACAUGAUGUUCCCCGCGCCCCCCUUCGGGCUGCCGCUGGCCACCCUGGCAGAGUCCGCGUCCGCCGCAUCCGUGGUGGCAGCCGCCGCCGCCGCCAAGACCACCAGCAAGAACUCCAGCAUCGCCGAUCUCCGCCUCAAGGCCAAGAAGCACGCCGCCGCCCUGGGGCUGUGACAGCACCACAAAAUACAUGGGGAGGGGGGAGGGAAAAACCCCCAAACCCUCCAAAAAGCACCCCAAAACCCGACCCACCAAACCGGGAGAGGCGAGGGAGAGCAGAGACGGACGGGAGAUGUACACUUAUUUAAGGAAUUCGAGGAGAUGGACGAGCAGCUGGGGAGUUCACAGGUUUUAAACUGACCUUUUUCUGCGAAGUUCACUUUAAUACAAGAAAUUUGAUAAGAGAGGCGGGCCUCCCUUCACGGUGCAUCAGACACUUGAGUCUAACAACCACGUCUGGAGUAGCAGUAAGAAGAGAGAAAAAUGAUGAUGAAGAGGGGAAAAAAAUGAAGAAGGAAAAUAAUAAUUAAAGGACAAUGAUUUCUCUGCGAAUUUCUAAUGGGAAACUGUCCGGGAUACUUCCUUCAGCAGCAGCAUUCCGGUUGCAUGUAUUUGUAUUUCAUUGAUGGAGUCCUUUGAUUCACUUGCACUUCACCCUCAUCUUUAGUAGAAAAAAAAAAAAAAAGGAAGAAAAAAAAAAAAGAAAAACCAAAA